AAAACCAGUGACCACUCCAGCUCCGCCGAAAGUGUGUCCACCAGGCACCACCGGAGUGUACCCUAACUGCCAAACACCUCGUUGUGCUCCAGGUCUGAUUGGCCAAUAUCCAAAUUGCUAUCCGCCAACAACCACGACUCCGCGGCCAACACCUCCACCUCAAUGUCCACCAGGCUAUCUAGGAAAUUAUCCCAACUGCUAUACAACUACUCCACGUCCAAUUACGACAACUCCUAAGCCCGUCUGCCCACCAGGUCUAAUUGGCCAAUAUCCAAAUUGCUAUGCACAAACGACAACUCCACGGCCAACACCGCCACCCCAAUGUCCAGCAGGCACCACCGGAGUGUACCCUAACUGCCAAACACCUCGUUGUGCCCCAGGUCUACUUGGCCAAUAUCCCAAUUGCUAUCCAGCAACCACGACUCCACGACCAACACCUCCACCUCAAUGUCAACCAGGCUACCUAGGAACUUAUCCCAAUUGCUAUCCACCAACGACCACUCCACGGCCAACACUUCCACCUCAAUGCCCAGCAG